AUGGGUAUUUUUUUACAAGAAGAUAAUCAGAUAAAUACGAACAAUAUAACGAUACAAAAAAACGAUGUAUCCCGUGAAAUGCGUGGCAACAUUAUAGGAAAAUUCAAAGGAUUUCGUGGCUGUACCUUAUGGCUAACAGGACUGUCGGGUGCGGGAAAAACAUCAAUAGCAUUUAACCUAGAAAAUUACUUAGUUAAACUGGGGAUUCCCGCGUACAGUUUGGACGGCGACAAUAUGAGAAGCGGUUUGAAUAAAAAUUUGACCUUCAGCAAAGAAGAUCGGCAAGAAAACAUAAGACGAUCUGCUGAAGUUGCUAAAUUAUUUUCCGAUAGCGGACAUAUCACAAUCUGCAGUUUUGUAUCGCCAUUUAGCGAGGACCGUUCCUUGGCGCGUAAAAUCCAUCAAGAUGUCGGCUUGAAGUUUUUUGAAAUAUUUAUUAACGCGUCGCUAGACGUCUGUGAGUCACGUGACGUGAAGGGCCUCUACGAAAAAGCACGAAACGGCACAAUAAAAAGUUUCACGGGGAUCGGUCAAAACUACCAGGUGCCAAUUGAUCCAGAUUUAAUUUUAGAUACCGAGCAACAAACUCUCGAUGAAUCGACAAUUACUUUAGUUAAAUUUCUCGAGGGUAAAAAAAUUAUACCAAAUACUCCUGAGUGUAGAGUUGAGAUAAGAAAUAAUUUAUUUUUCAAUAACCAACAAACUAAAUUAUAA